ACUGAUUCGCUUCUCUCACUCCUACCACCACCAUCUGCCUAUGAAUUCCUUUGGCUCACGUAUACAUGAGCAGAGGAAUUGUGGCAAGGAGUACGAGAAUCGAACAGAAAAGACAAGAGCGCUAUUUUCUUCUGCAAUACUUAUAUCGAACGAGUACUCAAAGUACUCAAGUUCCUCAGGUUUUCAUUCUCUCCAAUACGGAUGACAUUUUGGCACCUUGUUCUAAGUCUAAUUAACCCUUGACUUCCUUGCUUCUUAUAAGCGCCCAAGGCACCGUCAGUGCUCCCGCGAAGGCUCAACCUUUGACCUUCAAACCUCGACGAUCUGAACACGCCAGUAGCUCUUUUUACAGGCAAUCAAUAUUUCGUUGUAUAGAUAUCAACGAUGUCGACCACCGAUGUUGCGCAAGAUACGACUAUACACACGCGAGGCUACCAGCAGGAGAUGCUCGAGGAGAGCCUGAAGAGGAACAUUAUCAUAGCGAUGGACACGGGUUCGGGCAAGACGCAUAUCGCGGUGCUGCGGCUGAAGAUUGAAGCCGAACGAGAGCCACGGAAGAUAUCAUGGUUUCUAGCUCCCACGGUUGCGUUAUCCAAGCAGCAGCACCGUGUCAUCACGGAUGUGCUCCCUGUAUCUGUCGGCCUCAUAUCAGGAUCGCUAGAACCGGACCAGUGGAAGGAUGCAUCGCUGUGGAAGAGGGUCAUUGAGACCCAUCGGAUCGUGGUAUCGACUCCACAGGUGCUUCUGGAUGCGUUACGCCACAGCUACGUCCAAAUGGGACGUGACAUUGGAUUGAUGAUAUUCGAUGAGGCGCAUCAUACGCUCGACAAGGCGCCAUACAACAUGAUCAUGAGGGAGUUUUACUUUGGGUUGUCGCCGCGGGAUACGCCGAAUCUGGACCCUCGAUAUGCCAGGCCAAUGAUCUUGGGCUUAACGGCUAGUCCUAUCUACGGGGGAGAUAUAAUCAAAGCUUUCAGUAAUAUUGAAAGGAAUCUUGACAGCGUCAUUCGCACCCCUCGUCAUAAUCGCGAAGAACUGGCCAAACAUGUCCAUCGGCCUGUUUUCAAGCAUGUCAGAUACGACCCGCUAGACGAUACUCUAUUUUCAACCAACCUCACAAGUCUAAAGCAAGUCGUGGCUACUCUCAAUAUUGAGAAUGACCCGUCUAUCAUCUCUCUUCGUCACGACCUAGCCAGAACCUCCCCCCAGUCGCCUGAGCACUAUCGGCUCGACCAAAAAUUGUCCAAGACCAUUCUAAAGGAGAAUACCUUCACGCACAAGGGUCUUCGCGAUUUCCUGCGCACGGCGAAUGAUAUUCUUUCCGACCUUGGCGCUUGGGCAGCGGAUUGGUAUGUCUGGAUGGUGUUGGAACAGGCGAAAAAGGCUUGCCAAAAUGACGAAGUGAUGCCCUCUUGGCAGACACGGGACAAGCCGUAUAUGCUAGGCCUUCUAAACCAGGUUCAGGUUUGCCCGGUAUCUUACUAUGCCUACGACAUCGUCAAGGAUUCGUCUCAAAAAGUGGCAGAACUUGUGAAGGCAUUGUUACAGGAGAAACAAGAAUUCGAGGCAGCCAACGAGGCGUUUAGCGGGCUUGUGUUCGUUACGCGUCGCGACGCGGUUCUAGCGCUCACCGAGAUCCUCACAAACCAUCCUGACACAAAAGAGAUGUUCAAAAUUGGGAGCCUAUUGGGGACAUCUGAUAGCAGCUAUCGGCACUCGUUUUUGGAUCUCACACGCAAGCUACUGAAACAAUCACAAGAGGAGACGCUGACAGAUCUCAGGAUUGGAGAGAAGAAUCUCAUCAUUUCGACGUCUGUUGCUGAGGAGGGUAUCGAUGUCCAGGCAUGUGGAUGUGUUAUACGCUGGGAUCCGCCGCAGAACAUGGUCUCGUGGCUACAAAGCCGAGGACGGGCGCGUCAGAAGCGUAGCACAUUCACUAUCAUGUUCGAAAGAAAUGGAGGGGGCGAGGAAAAUAUUCGCAAGUGGGAGAGCACCGAAGCCGAAGUGCUGCGCUUGCGCAAUGAGCCGGAGAGUGUCACGACAGUCGAGCCUGAGGAGUGCAAUGAGCGGGAGGAAUUUAGGGUACCAUCAACUGGUGCUUUAUUGACCUUGGAGUCGGCCCUUCCCCAUCUAGCCCACUUCAUCGCUGUUCAUCCGAACGCAGGUUUCAUUCCCGAUUUGCAGCCCCUGUAUGAGCUUGACCCGCCAGAUCUACCGUUGGGAUGGCAUUCGCUUGAGAAUCGGUCUACUACAAACUACCGCGGACCAUGGAGUUCGACGGUCACUCUUCCUAGAUUCCUAAGUUCCGAACUCAGGGUACAUUCGACGGAAAAGAUCUAUUUCUCCAAACUGUCCGCUCAUCGACAUGCAGCCUUUAAAGCAUACAAGGCACUGUAUGACAAUGAAUUACUGGACGACCAUCUCCUGCCUCUCUUUGACCAUGACGAGGAGAUCAAGAAACUGCAAAGCGAAGUGGAGAAACGUGUCGGUAUUGUCAGCGUGUCGCCCCAGAUGAAUCCGUGGAUGCCGGUGGAUGAUGGUACCGCGGUCUGGUAUCGCUCAGAAUUGACACUGGGAGAACUGCCUCCUUUGCUCAUGUUCACGCGUACACAGUGCCCGUCAUCAUGGUUCGAGAACGACGGUCCUCCACCACUCUUUGCUCCUCAUCGAGGUCGCAUCAAGGUCUCCCUUCGCAACGUCGGAAAAAUCAGUCUCUACGAUGAAGAUAUCAGUCGAGCACGCGAAUAUACUCGACGAAUAUUCUGGAGCAUACACGGUCAACGGAUGACCUGGGACGACCUAGACUUUUCGUAUCUUUUCCUUCCCGCUCCUGGGACGGAAGAUGUCAAGUGGGAAGACCGUCGUGCGUGGCUGAAAGAAGAGAAUGAGCGUGAAGGGCGAUCUUACAAGUACGCCUUUGAUGCGAAUGCACAGGAUCUUGGGGAAACCUUUUGGUACCCCCAGGACCUUGCUAUUGUGAGAGCUGGAUUCCAGUUUGGGAAAGCAUAUCGAUUCAUCGCUUGGCGGUAUGACACCCUCAGCGAAGAAGAAUUGGAGGAUAUGAAGACACGAUACUUUCGGCAGGAUGAUUUGGAAGAUAUCCCGUACCCACUCAUCAUCGCGGAAAUUUUGCCGACUAGGAGUAAUUUCUUGCUGCCACCCACCAAGCCUGUUAAAGGACCUUCACAACCACCGAAGAGGGUUCUGUUGAUUCCGAAAUACACCCCCGUCACGCUUAUAUCUCCGGUGGAAACUGAAUAUGUGUUCUUACUGCCUUCAGUUCUCCGCGCUCUGGCUAUGUCACUCACUAUUCAGUCAAUGAAGGACAGGAUGUUUACUUCGUCGUCUCCUCUUUAUACCAUUCCAUCGCAACUAUUGACCGUCGCUAUGACGGCCUCGUCGUCUCAAGAACGUUAUAACUACCAGCGUUUGGAGACGUUGGGAGAUACGGUGCUGAAGUAUCUGGUCAGUAUACAGCUUCUGUCGGAACACCCGCUCUGGCACGAAGGCUACCUAACUGGACGGAAAGACCACGCUGUUGCCAACGCGACGUUGGCGAAUGAGAAUAUCUCCAGAGAAAUGUUCCAAUGGAUUAUCCGAGAUCGGAUGCUUGGCAAGAAGUGGAAGCCUGCGUACUUGCAUUCUACCGCGCCUAUUCGCGAGAAGAAAUCGGCCGAGGCAGUUGCGACCGUUCCCACGAAGAACGAAGCGAAGGCCAAGAAAGCAAAAAAGAUUGCGGGAGAGCUCUCCACUAAAGUGCUGGCGGACGUUGUCGAAUCAACGAUUGGUGCUGCGUAUCUGCACGGAGGGCUCGAACUGGGCUAUGAAUGUGUAAAGUUCUUCCGUCUCGACCUUACUUGGCAACCAACUACGGACCGCAUCUCGUCCUUGAUUCAAAGGGUCAGUCAAAUCGAACCCGAAGUCAGAAAGCGUAUCGACUUGCCGGAGACGACCAUAUCUCAAGUAGAAUCCAUGUUGGGCUACGAAUUCAAGCACAAGCUCAUACUUCUCGAAGCACUCACCCAUCCAAGUCAUCAGCAGGAUUUUGGUAUCAUCUGUUAUGAGCGUAUGGAAUUUCUUGGAGAUGCAGUGAUGGAUAUGGUGGUUUCGGAUUACCUGUAUCGUGCAGAAGGCAAGGAGUACAGUCCUGGGCACAUGCAUCUUCGGAAAUCGGCUGUCGUGAACGGGCAUAUUCUGGCAUAUCUGUGCUUGAAAUGUUGUUUGAAGGUUCGCAGUUAUAUGCCUCGGCCCACGGAAUCGGGGAAUCGGAUCCAGCUCGAAGAGGAGCAAGAGGACAUAUAUUUGUGGAAGUGCCUCUUGCAUGCUAGUCCUCGUGUUCUGGAUGAUCAACGUGUAACGUUUGACCGGUUUCAGAGGCUUUCGGAUGUGAUUGCUGACGGUCUGGAGAAUGGGAAGAUCUAUCCUUGGGCGGCGCUGACUCGGCUACAAGCUCCCAAAUUCUUCAGUGAUAUGAUUGAAAGUCUGUUCGGAGCAGUAUUCCUUGACUCGGAAGGAAACCUGGAGAGGACGCGAGAUGUUAUGCGAACAAUCGGUGUCUUGCCGUUGUUAGAGCACAUCGUCAAGGAUGACGUUGAUGUUCUUCAUCCUGUUUCACGACUAUCAGUCUGGGCAUCGAAGCGAGGGCAGAAGGUGAAAUAUAGAUUUACGGAGGAGAAGGGAAAUAUUAGUUGUGUGAUAGCGUUAAAACAAGAGGAGGGAGGGGAAGUCCGGGUUUUGGAGGAAGCGCGGGUCACGGAUGUCAACAGAGGCAAGGUGACGAGGUUGGAGGUCAAAUUCGCAGCCGCUGAAAAUGCUAUAAAGUUGUUCCAUGUAAAAUAGCCGAAAUGAUUCAUCAUCCCUCUAGUAUUUUCUGUCCUGCACUACUUAAGGUCACCUUUCGGCAUCCGCUUAGUCACGCGAUAAUAACAUUGCUAUAUUGGGACCUUUGCCUUGUCAUUUUCCUCCCACCUUCAGAAUCGAAUGACAAUGCCUAGAGGCCUUGCGAACCUACUAUUUGGUAAAAACCGCCUUGAGGUCUUAUUCUUUCUUGUAUUCCAGAAUUCUGUCGGCCCGUUGAAGCCGUGUUAGACACCGCAUGACCCUCA